CGCUUCGAUGUCAUUGGAAAUAGAAGAAAAGAAAUUUGCCAGUGGGGGGUUUCGCGAUGCAUUCCUUACCACAUGCGAUGAUUCCUCGUCUACUUUGAAAGGCAAGUGGGUGGUCAACAAGUAUCUGGAGGAGUCCAUUAAAACUGUCCAAGAUACGUUGAAAUUAAGUGUAGAAGCACACACUCAAAAGUAG